CAGAUUUUGGGGGUAGAACUCAGAACUGCACAGACCCAGCAUUGGACAGGCAGUACAGAGUUUGGGGUAGAACUCAGAACUGCACAGACCCAGCAUUGGACAGGCAGUGCAGAGUUUGGGGUAGAACUCAGAACUGCACAGACCCAGGAUCAGACAGACGGUACAACAUGCGUGUGGACCUGGUGGUGGUGUGUGUGGCCGCUGUGGCUCUCUCUCUCCCCGCUCUCUCAACAUGUGACCCACUCUAUGUGAUGACGGCUCCUAACCUCCUGAGGGUGGGCACUCCUGAGAAGGUGUUGGUGGAGGCCCAGGACUACGCUGGCGAUGCCUUUGAGGUCACGCUCACUGUGAUGGAUUUCCCCAGAAAGACCAGGGUGAUUGACACUAGGACUGUGACCCUGAACGCAGCAAACAACUACCUGGCUCUUACUGAGAUUACCAUCCCUGAUGGCAGAGACCUCUUUGGUUUGGACACAAAUGAGAAUAUGUAUGUUUACCUGCAAGCCACCUUCCAGGACCGCACUCUAGAGAAGAUUGUGCUGCUCUCCUUCCAAUCAGGAUAUAUAUUUGUGCAAACAGACAAAACCAUAUACACCCCUUCAAGCACAGUGAGAUACAGAAUUUUCUCCCUGAGUCCAGGACUCAAGCCAGUUGACUCCGGAAUCUUUGUGGAAAUCAUGACCCCUGAUAAAAUCACCAUUUCCAGAGAAAGCCUCUUCCCGAAUAAAGGCAUUAGAUCUGGAGAGAUCAAGCUUCCUGACAUUGCCAGCUUCGGCAUUUGGAAGGUGGUCACCCGGUUCAAGAGCACUCCACAGAAAAACUUCACAACUCAGUUUGAGGUCAAGACAUAUGCUCUGCCCAGCUAUGAGGUCACCCUGAUUCCAAAGUCACCUUUCUUUUAUGUUGAUGAUGAUGACCUUACAGUUGACAUCUUAGCAAGGUAUUUCCAUGGGAAAGAGGUGACGGGCACUGGCUUGGUGAUGUUUGGUGUGUUGACACAGGACAAUGUGAAGAAAAGUCUGCCUGCGUCUUUGAGGAGAGUUGAGAUUAGAGAAGGCAAAGGAGAGGCUAUACUGACAAAAGAGCAGAUAAGAGACACAUUUACAGACAUAAACCAGUUGGUUGGCUCGUCUCUGUACGUGAAAGUAAGCGUGUUAACAGAAACAGGCAGUGAAAUGGUGGAGGCCGAGAAGGAAGGCAUACCAAUAGUCACGUCUCCUUACACCAUUAACUUCAAGGCGACCCCAAGAUACUUCAAGCCAGGAAUGCCCUUUGACAUCUCGGUCUAUGUUAGUACUCCGGAUCACCUGCCUGCAAGAGACAUUGUGAUAGAAGUAAUAACGGCCACAGAUGGAAGCAUACAAGCAACAACCAGAGAAAAUGGAUUGGCCAAGGUUACAGUGAACACACUUGAUGGGGAUAACACCCUGUCUAUACAGGUGAGGACUAAGGUACCAGGGUUGUUGGAGUCCAGGCAAGCUGAGCGGAAUAUGACGGCCUUGGUGUACAGGACCACCGGCGGCUCCAGGAACUACCUGCACAUUGGGGUGGCCACCAGUGAGCUGACGAUUGGCCAGCAAAUCAAGAUGAGCCUCUAUGUAGGCAACAGCCCCGGCAUGAAGAACAAUCAAGACUUCACCUAUCUGAUCCUGAACAAAGGACAACUUGUGCAAGCUGAGAGGUUCAAGAGACAGGGUCAGACUCUAGUGACGUUGUCCUUACCAGUGACCAAGGACAUGGUCCCCUCCUUCCGUAUCGUGGCGUACUACCAUGUGGGCUCAUCUGAAGUGGUGUCUGACUCAGUCUGGGUGGACGUGAAGGACACCUGCAUGGGAACGCUCAGGGUGGAACUCACCGAUCCACAGAAGGAGAACUGGCCUCAUAAGCCAUUCAGUCUGACCAUCACUGGAGACCCUGGCGCCAGAGUGGGUCUGGUAGCUGUGGAUAAGAGAGCUCCAAUCCUCAACAACAAGCACAGACUCACCCAGACCAAGAUCUGGGAUGUGGUUGAGAGACUUGACACUGGCUGCACUGCUGGCAGUGGUAAAGACAGCAUGGGGGUUUUCUAUGAUGCCGGACUGGUGUUUGAGUCCAGCACUGCAGGGGGAACUGACACCAGGACAGGUAUGUAGCAUGCUCGCGAUGACAUGUACUUGAGUUCCGAGGACAUUGUGUCCCGCACCCAAUUCCCUGAGAGCUGGCUGUGGCAGGACCUGACCCUACCACAGUGUCCUCCGGACAGCAAACACUGUUCCACAACUUCCACUAAGAAGACAAGCUACCUGAAAGAUUCAGCUACCCACUGGCAAAUAAGUGCAAUCAGCCUCUCUGAAACUCAUGGCAUGUGCGUAGCAGAGCCCCUGGAGCUGCCUGUCACAAAGAGCUUCUUCAUCGACCUGCGUCUUCCUCACUCUGCCAAGCGGGGUGAACAGCUGGAAAUCAGAACCAUUCUCCAUAACAACCACAUGGACGCAAUGAAGGUGCGGGUGGAGCUGUUGGAGACGGAGCACGUGUGCAGUGUGGCCUCAAAGAGGGGCAGCUAUCAGACGACAGUGGAACUGGAGGGCAUGACGUCACGAGACGUCUCCUUCAUCAUCAUUCCCAUGAUUCUCGGCACCCACACGAUUGAGGUCAAGGCGGCGGUAUUCGACGCAUUCUACGGUGAUGGCAUCAAGAAGGAACUACGUGUAGUGCCUGAGGGAGUGCUGACAAAGAUCCAGGUCGACACAAUUCCACUCAAUCCAUCUCUGCACGGAGGGGAACAGAGAAGUGAAGUCAAGUUUCAACACCUCCGACGCCAAGUGCCAAACACACCGGCAAGCACACACAUACGAGUACAAGGCCAGGAGUUGAGUGAUAUUAUUGUGAACGCCAUCAGUGGAGAGUCUAUGGGCUCUCUCUUUAAUUUUCCCUAUGGGAACGGAGAAGAGAAUGUGGUCACCAUGGCAAUGACCCUUAUUGCCACUCAUUAUCUGGACCGUACCAAUCAGUGGGACAAAGUGGGGGUGGACGAAAGAGAAGUAGCAGUCAAGUACAUCCAAAUGGGCUACCAAAAGCAGCGCAGUUUCCGUAAACCUGAUGGCUCGUAUGGAGCGUUCCUUAAGACGCCGAGCAGCACCUGGCUCACAGCCUUCGUGGUUAGAGUGUUGUCCAUGGCUGAUGACAUCAUCAGUGUUGAUGAGGAGCUGGUGUGCAGCGCCCUCCAGUGGCUAGUCCUCAACACUCAGCAGGCGGACGGGUCCUUCAGAGAGUAUGCACCAGUCACGUUUGUCAUGGACAGCACAGGCAAAGUGUAUGGGAAAGACUCUGAUGCCUCUCUGACGGCGUUUGUGCUCAUUGCCAUGCAGGAGGGCAGGAGAUUCUGCACAGAGCACAUGAGUAGUCGACUGGUGAGUAUGGGGAAAGCUUCCCGGUACCUGCAUCUGAGAAUCCUUACACUAAAGAACCCAUAUGCUGUGAUGAUAGUCUCCUACGCCCUCGCCGACUCUGGAAAACUUCACAAAGACAUUCUCUUUCAACACGACCUAGAUGAUGGUCCGGUGUGGCCAGUUCCUGGCGGUCACCGGUAUACUCUGGAGGCCACAGGCUACGCCCUCCUGGCCCUGCUGCGGAUGAGGGAAUUUGAUCGGGCCGGCGAAGUCGUGCAGUGGCUUAACUCACAGAGGAGGAAGGGAGGAGGCUACGGCUCCACACAGUCCACCAUGAUGGUCUAUCAAGCUGUGGCCGAAUACAGGAGAAGCAUGCGAAUGCUGCAUGAAGUCAAUUUAGAGGUCAACAUUGAUGUGUCCGGUCGCAGCAAACCCAUCAAGUGGACGUUCAAUAAGGGAAAUGCCUAUGUCAGUCGCUCUGAUAAGCUCCAUCUUAACCAGAAUUUGACUGUCACCGCCAAAGGAAGUGGAGAGGGAACAUUUUCAGUGAUGACUUUGUACUAUGCUUCACCCACGGAUCAAGAUAAGUCAUGCAGCAACUUCCGGCUUAAUCUGACCCUGGAAAAGCAGGCUAAAGUUUCACAUGAUGGAGCCAGUGCAAGCUACCUCCUGAAGAUUGACAUCAUGUAUAUGCCUGAGAACAAGGAUGCCAGCUUAUCUGUUCUCAGCAUUGGCCAACUUACAGGAUUCGUGGUGGAUGUCAAUGACCUCAACAGGCUGUCCUCAGGGAGAGAGAGAUACAUUCAGGCAUUUGAGAUUGAUAACAUCCUAUCACAGGAAGGCUCACUCCUCGUCUUCUUAGACAAGGUGUCUCAUAAGAGACCGGACACUAUUGCCUUCAGGAUACAUAAGAUGGCGGAUGUGGGGCUCCUCCAACCUGCUGCUGUUACUGUGUAUGAGUACUAUGAUAUCGAGAACCAUUGUGUGCAGUUUUACCACCCCGAAAAGAUUGGUGGAUCCUUAAACCGUCUCUGCCAUAACGAUGUCUGCAAAUGUGCUGAAGAGAGCUGCAGUGUACAGAAGAAAGAAGAAAUUAGUAGCCAGGAACGAGAGUAUGUAGCAUGUGAGGCUGGUAUGGACUAUGUUUACAAAGUAACAGUGGAGAACACAAAUCUGACCAUUCAUACAGAUGUCUACUACAUGCGAGUUAUCCUGGUUGUCAAAGAAGGCAGUGACGUUGGAGUCAUGGGUGAAAGUCGUGUCUUUGUGGCUCAUCCUUCCUGCAGAAAUGGUUUGGAUCUGAAUAAAGGCCUGUCCUACCUUCUGAUUGGCCACCGAAAGGACAUCACAAGGCUAGAUGGGAGUGUUCAGUAUGUUCUUGGGGAACGCACCUGGGUGGAGUACUGGCCGACUGAAGAGGAGAAUAAAGAGAAAUACGGAAACCUUCAAAACUUUGCACAGGAGCUCAGUGAAUGGGGGUGUCAGUACUGAAGACAGUGAAUGGGGGUGUCGGUACUGAAGACAGUGAAUGGGGGUGUCGGUACUGAAGACAGUGAAUGGGGGUGUCGGUACUGAAGACAGUGAAUGGGGGUGUCGGUACUGAAGACAGUGAAUGGGGGUGUCGGUACUGAAGACAGUGAAUGGGGGUGUCGGUACUGAAGACAGUGAAUGGGGGUGUCGGUACUGAAGACAGUGAAUGGGGGUGUCGGUACUGAAGUCAGUGAAUGGGGGUGUCGGUACUGAACUCAUUGAAUGGGGGUGUCCGUACUGAACUCAUUGAAUGGGGAUGUCUUACACACUGCUAGCUGUCCAAAAUGCAUGUUCUUCCAUCAGCCUUAUUUCCAGAUGUUAGAUGUAUUGGGUAAUCCUUUUCACAGAGAAAAAAUAUAUAUGAUUUUGUAACAAUGUAAUAAUUAAAUGCAGUGAAAAUGUGUUU